UUAUAUGUUCUACAUUCUUUGUGAGCUCAUAAGUGUACACUGGACGCUCACAAUGGCCAAUGUAAAAACCCAUAAGAAAAACAGACGGUUCGAAAUGUAAAAAAACUGAGUGCAGUGGAAAAAGGCUAUUGUUCAAUAAAAGUAAAAGUGCGUAAAAAUUGAAUUCUAAAUUAUAAGUGACAGAAUCGAAAUAGCACACAGACCACUUAUUUUGAAAAGAUAAGAGAGGGAAACACUGAAUGAAUCAAUAAUAAACCAAGUUGCACUCAUUCGAAUACAAUUAUGGAGAUAAGCUAUGAUGAAAUAACUGAUAUGAAGCUGAUUGAUGGUGGUAACUAUGGUGAUGUGUACAAGGCAAGUUGGAAACCUGAAAAAAAAGAAAUUGCUGUGAAAAAAAUAAAAAUCCUUUCAGAGAAGGAGAAGGAAGAUUUCCCAAGAGAAAUAGAAAAUCUGAAAAAAUUGGAACAUACAAAUAUUGUCAAAUUAUACGGCGUCUCUAAAGAUCCUGAAAAUAAAAUAUGCAUAGUUUUGGAGUAUGCAGAAUGUGGAUCGCUGUAUAAGUAUUUGCAUAUUACUCAAAACCACAUUCCCAAUGACCUUAAGAUAGAGUGGAUGCUUCAAUGCGCCGAGGGAAUGGAGUAUUUGCAUAGUAAAAAAACAUUCCAUAGGGAUCUUAAGACAAAAAACCUGUUGCUUUUCGACCAAUAUCGUACAUUGAAAAUAUGUGACUUUGGCACAGUGAAAGAAAUCACAACAACUAAUACAAAUAACACUGGAACAGCUGGUUAUAUGGCACCUGAAGUUGGCGAAGGGAAGAUAUAUACGCAAAUGUGCGAUGUUUAUAGCUUUGGUAUAGUUUUCUGGGAAGUACUGGCAAGAAAGAAGCCCUUUUACCAUCAUAAGAGCAUAGUUGGCGUGGCCCUGAUCAAUAAGGUUUGCAAAGGUGAACGUCCGGAGAUGAGCGAUAUAGAGAACAACUUAAAACCAAUAAUUAAAAUGUGCUGGCAACAAGAGCCUGAGGAUCGUCUGACUAUGAAGAGAGUGAUUUAUCUUAUACAAAAUUACAAAAAAAACAGGUUAUAUCAGUAAAAGUUGAGACAACUUCUAUCUUUCUAAUCAUUUUUUGUUAGCUAUAGGUAUUAAAAAAAAACUUAUUGUUAUAUAAA